AGCAGACCCAACAAAAAGUCAAUGGACUGUUGAUGUUAUGUCUCGACGUAAGGUAGCAAUUGCUUCCGUACUUUUCCUUGGUCAAGGCUUUGACUGAUGCAGCCAAGACCCGCAACUUGCAUCCGCCUCAUCAACGACGCACCAUUGCUGUAUCUUCCUCGCUUUGCAAUUGUCCAGCUCACAUCACGCAACAUUGCCCAACGGUCUUAAUAGAACGCAUUUACGGCCUCACAGGUCGCCAUGUCUCACAAGGCGGUCGUUUUGUCGCUCUACCGCCGCGCGCUGAAACUAUCCCUCGACUGGUCCGUUCAUAGAUACAUCUGGAGAGGCCAAGCCAUGUAUAUUCGUUCACUGUUUGAGACGAAGAAGGACGUGCGAGAUCCGCGCUUGCAAAGGGCUAUCAUUGCUGAAGCAGAAGAGCUUUUGGAAAAGUGGAAGCACCCAGAUCCAUACAGACAUCCUACUGCUCCUGGUGGCUCGAAGUUCGAACGAAAUCUGCCAUCGCCACUUCUUACCCCUCCGCCGAAGAUGGAUUUGUGAAUGCUGUUUGGUGAAAUAGCGUGAUACAAGUAUAACCGAAUGAUACAUGGGCACAACGGUGCAGAAUUGAGACCAUCAUCAGAUCACAGUGCAAAAUGGGAGCAGAGUUCAUGUCAUUCCGCUAGUGUACCACAUACAACUCUUCAUCACGCCGGGAUAGCUUCAGCUAAACCGACAUUUCUCUUCUAAUGGAAAUCCGAAGAAUCACACUUAAUCGCGUAUUUCAAAAUAA